GUGGAUUUUAGUUAUUGUCAUCCGCCAAAGUCAAAUCCGAAGCGGGACCAAAAUGGCGCAUUUUCCCGCACAAAAAUUGAGGGUAAACAUCUAGCCAUCUAGGUGUCCUUCUGCUUACUCUCUUACUCCUGCAGUGCCCAAGCUCAUUUCAACAAUGGAACCUUCCAACAACACCGAAACCGAAGACGAGACCGUCGCGCUUCGGAGGAAGAAGUUGCGCCGCGUCAGCUUCGCGGACAACGAGAUUACCUCCGUCCACAUCUUCCGCCCCGACGACUCUUCUUCCUCCGACACUCCUCCCGGUUCAGUUCCUUCCUCCUCCCCCUCCCCCGAGGUCCUAGGGUUUUUCCGGGACCUGGCCGGCGACAGCGACGAAGACGACGAGCUCGACCUCAAGGAGUCCUCUUCCCCGCCCAACGGUGAAGCCGCCGAUCUCAAUCACUCCUUUCUGAGACCACUCGGUUCCCCUUCCCCCAGUGGCAGUAGCGCCGCUCCUUCCACUGACGAUGAAGAUGAUUUUCGAUGUCCGGUGUCGUCCAGUUUCAUCAGACCCGAACGCUUGCCGGACUCUGCUGCAUCUGAUGAUCUCACAAUGGACUCAACUGCCUUUUCAUUGCAUUACCGGAGUCUUGCCAGGUCGGAUUUUGAAGACUUGAAGACGCCCUCGAGGUUCAGUCCUCAGUUUGAAGAGACAUUGCCGAGCCAAGGCUCCGGCCACUCAGCCUCCACUACUGGGUGUUUUAUGGUUCUUUCGGAAGCCAAGAUGCAGUCUCCUCAGUCUGGAGUACCUACGGAUCCCGUGAAUGUUUGUAGAGAUUCCAGUGACAUGAGUAUGACUGGGUUGGACCCGCAGAGGUACGAUUAUGACAGACUCUCUCCUACUUUGGACGCAAUCCUUGUAGAAGGAAGCAAGGAUUUGCCUGCCAUCUCCCCUUUGAAUACUGAGGCUGCAGAUUCACGGCUUAGCUCUCCAGUUGAUCAAGUCAUCCAUGAUUUCUUAGACAACGAGGGGAAUCAUACUGGUGUGGAUGAUUCAGUUCAGCCACAUGGCAUCCAUGAUUCUGAGGCUGCAGAUACACCGAACGUAGGUCCAGCUAUGGGUAGAGUUGGGAAACAUGAUACAGUCGCAGAUGAUUCCCUUCACCAAAUCAAAACUCCUGAUACUUCAAUCAAGGAAACCAAGAAGUUUGUUGAAGGUGCAAGUGCAGCAAUCCAUAAAGAGUUAGACUUUCUUAUUGCUAAUAGUGCAAGAACUCCACUAAUGAUGGGCAACUCAGUUCAAUCAAAACUUGGUUAUGGUGUUGCCCAGGUGAAGGGAAGUAAUCUUGAAGACAGAGGACAAAUGUCUGACAUUAAUGAAAAAGAUUGUGAAUACAAUCAAGUUGAAACUCGAAAUGCUUCUUUAGAUGAGCAUCUCUAUGGUUUAACUCAAGGGAAUAGGAUGAAUCAAGGUUCGAUCAUCACAGAUUCCCAUGGGAUUGACUCCUUUAGAAACCUUGCGAUGCUAACUGAUAAUGAACAGACUGUUGACUCAAAAACGGGUGAGCAAGCUUUUAGUUUGAUUUCUGUUGACUUCCAGAGUGGCAAAAAUUCUAAGACUGGGGAAAUCACAGCUUCUUGCCUGCAGAUUGACCAAACAGAUAGCACAGUUGAGAAAAGGAAAGAUGAUGUUGCAAGUGUUACAUAUGAUAAUCCAUUUUCUUCUCCUGUGAUGUUGAACCAGAAGCGAUCACAACAUGUGGAAUGCCAAAGGACUUGUUCUCAUGAAUUGAAGCAGCUGAAAAAGCAUAAUGAAUCUGUUAAUAGUGGUUUAGGGCAAGAUGCUGAGAGCAACUCAGACGCAGCAGCUGAUGGAUUUGGGUUGUCUGGGUUUGAAAACAGUGUAAAGACUAGUACAGAUUGUAUGAUUUCACAGAGUGCAUCCAAGAGAAAACCAGCUGAGAGUCCUAGUAAUAUGGUUUUGUUUCUGAGCACUCCUAGCAAAGAAACUCCAACUCUGUCGCCAUCUCUUUAUGGGUCUUCGAGUGAACUGCUGAACAGUAAUAUGCAAGACUUGUCUAAUAAAGAUAACUCAUAUGGUCAUUGCCAUCUUGACAACAACUGCCGAGGGGCACCCAAAGUAGCUCUGAGCCCUGUUACCAAGUCUGGCUUUGAGUUUUCUUUUGAGAAGAAAAGAAAGGGUUUUGAGAUACAAUUACCAGGUGAUGGAGACAAAGACAAAUUUGGGAGGAUUAUAAGAAGUCCAGAGGUCCAUAUUGGGAAUAGUGCUAUACAACUUAAUUCGGAGCAAAGACGUUACAUGAGCAGUGGAGAGAAGCUCAGAGAUCAGACAUGGAAUGACUGGGCUGAUUUUCUCAAGAAGUUCCUCGGGAGCACACAACAUUUCCUUUCUCCGUCAGUUGAUAGGCUAAAUUUACGAAUGAUAUGCAAGCUGGAAGAAGUUCUUGUUCAUCUGCAGAAAGUUAAGCAAUGUGAAUUUCUUUGUUCUGACAUUCAUCCUCAGAAGAAAAUAGCCGAUACCCAAAAUGUUUCUAGACAUAAAAGAUAUGUUGAAGGAAGAAUGCUGAUGCUUAAUAUAUCAUAUGAGAAGGCUAAAUUGCAGUUAAUGCAUAUGAAGCGUGACAGAUUGCUGAAAAAAGUACAGCAGUUGAACCAUGGCCUUCAGGAGUCUAAGGAAAUGGAGUUGCGUUUCAUGGCAUCCUUAUCUAAGAGUGUGGCAGUGGAAACUCAAGCUAAUGAUAUUCGUAUCACUACUAGCUUGCUCAAUUCUGAGGGAAAAUGUCAGGUGAUCGAACUGAGGCAGGAGCUUGAAAAUUUGACUUGUAAAGCAAAAUCCUUAAGUGAAUUCUUUCAUAGUGUUUGCAAGAUUGAAGGGGUUCAAAGCUAUAUUGAUACCAUAGAAUUUGUUCGUGAUUAUAUCCAGAAGAGAAUGUCUAACCCAUUACCUGACAAAGAUUUUUGCUUCUACCUUUUCUUUAAGCAAUGGGUUAUUGAAGAUUUUGAGCACACAGAUGGUGGUUACAAAAUUAUUCUCAACUAUUGUGGUUAUGUCAUCCAGAGGUUUGCAGUAAAUGCCAGUCUACCUAGCAUAAUAACUUCAAACGACUUGAAUGAUGUGAACAUUAUGAAGACUUUUCCUGACAUCAAUGCUUGUUCUGCAUUUGAAUUUGUCUUAAAUACCCAUACCACUAAGAAAUGCACAGAUUCAAUAAGUUUGGGACAAGAAACACAGAUAAUUAGUUCACUUCUGAGUAAUUUGCUAGAUGUGGUUGAGGAGGUUCAGUUAUCUCGCAUAGAAAUUAGAAAUCUGGUCCAGGCAAAGUUCUUUUCCCAUUCUGGUCAACAGCUUGAUUUGCAGCUAGUUUUCAUGGACUUUAGUAGUGGUAGGAAAGUGAAGGUGACUUUUGAUAUGACAUGCAUUAAAUGUGGGGCUUAUCCUGCAAAGGUCCUUCCAUCUCAAAUACUUGGUCAUACCGGCAUGGAACAUGACUCGCCUUUGUCCCUUGUAUCUCAAGUAAGAAGUGCAGCUGAGAAUGUGGGAGUUGGAUAUUUGAGAAUUAUUAGGCUUUGCAGGUGUAUCUCCCGGAUAAUUCAGCCUUGCACUUAAAGAAGCAAAAUCGAUGGCUGCUUCUCUGUUUGAUUUCCGUUAUUCUCAAUUUUUGCCAUCGGAGAUUUUUCUUGUAUACUUGUACUCUUUAUGCUACUAUAUAUACUUAUAACUGGUAGGAUGAAUAGAAGGUUUCCACGGGCCAAAAUGAGUUUUGCAAAUUAUCUUAUUUUUUUAGAACGUUCUGUCAAAGUAAUUUCUUUUUUUAUGGGUAUUAAGUUAUU